UUUCUUCCCUUUUCCUUUGAAUAUGUCCGUCUUUUAAAUGGCAAAGCACCAAACGGAGCGGGAACGCGUAAUCCACCGCCACUGGCUCGGGCUGAAAGCUUUGCUUUACUCUCUCUCACUAGGGUUUUUCUCUCUCUAAGCCAUUCAUUUCAGCUAUAAAUAUCCUGCCUUGCCUUCAUUUAUACGCUCCGUGUUAUACUCGAGAUCUGAGCUUUUCCUCAUCUUCUCACCGACGCUUUCUUACAGCUUCGAUUGGCGUACUUUGCUGUUGCAGAAAAUCUUAUCUUAUAUGCCACCUGCAGUUAUGACUCCACCAAUUGAGACGCCAAACAAAGCCCCUGUUGUUAGGAAGUCAUCACAUUCCCCUCUUAAUGAAAGGAUCCUCUCUUCCCUGACCAGGAAAACUGUUGCUGCUCAUCCAUGGCAUGAUCUUGAGAUAGGACCUGGAGCACCUAUAGUUUUCAACUGUGUGGUUGAGAUUAGUAGGGGAAGCAAGGUGAAAUAUGAGCUUGACAAGAAUACUGGUCUAAUCAAGGUUGAUCGUGUUCUUUAUUCAUCAGUUGUGUACCCCCACAACUAUGGUUUCAUCCCUCGUACGCUCUGUGAAGAUCAUGACCCAAUGGAUGUACUGGUCAUUAUGCAGGAACCAGUUCUUCCAGGCUGCUUUCUCAGGGCUAAAGCAAUAGGCCUCAUGCCCAUGAUAGAUCAGGGAGAGAGAGAUGACAAGAUAAUUGCUGUAUGUGCUGAUGAUCCUGAGUAUAAGCACUACACAGACAUUAAGGAGCUUCCACCACACCGAUUGGCUGAAAUCCGCCGCUUUUUCGAAGACUACAAGAAAAAUGAGAACAAAGAUGUUGCAGUUGAUGAGUUUCUUCCAGCUACAAAAGCCUACGAAGCAAUCCAGCGUUCCAUGGACCUGUAUGCAGACUACAUAGUCGAGAACUUGAGGCGGUAGUUUGGUUCCACCUGUUUGCAAGCGAAGGGUGAUGCACCAUGCUCUGAGUUUCGCCUCUUCAAUGAAAUUAAUAUACUAAGAAAGCUUAUUAUAUACAGUAUUAAGAUGAUGAUGAAGAAUAACUACUUUAUAAAAGGUAGAUUGAUUGUACUGCCUUUUAGGGAAACCCCAAAAUAUAUAAUAUAAUAUAUUAUUUGCUUUGUAAAAAGUGGUUGGUUGUCGACUGUUUUUGGUCCUUCCUCUUCUGUAACAUCUGGAUAUUUACAACCCCCAUUUUUUGCCCUGGAAUUUAUGUUUGUUUCUACG